AGACCCAUUUGCCUGCUAAAGAAACUUCCACGCAUGAGGCAUGACUGUAUUUCUCUAGUGUGGCGAGGGGGGGCUAACUUCCGGGGUAAUCCCGAGAGCCCCGGCGUCAUUUUAAAAGAUGAAUAAUAUGACGCCACUUAAAAAAAAACAAAAAAACUACACCAAUGAGGUCGGAAGAUACUGGCACGACGGUGAAAAAAUAAAAAAUAAAAAAUCAUCUUACGUGUGUCGCGCCAGUACCUUCCGUUAUUAAGCUGGUCAAAUCAUAUUUGCACCGGGGCCUAUCCCUAAUGGCACGGUUUACAGCACGAGUUGGUAUUACUGCUGUAAGUGAAAUCCAGUGGCAUUAACAUUUUUUUCGUCAAAAGUGCACAAUGCUUAACGAUGUAGAGAAUAUCUUCCGAGGAAUAGCAUCGGAUCUACUGCCCUCUAUAGCUGUAUUAGCCUGUCGUUCUAUUGUAUUUAUUCUACUGACUGAUAUAAAAAGUCAAUGUUUUACGUUACCAUGGUUGCGGAUUCAGAAUGAAGAGAACGUCGCUGAAAAUCGUCUUCGAAAUCCAAAUCAAUUCGGUGAUUUGUCCAAACACUCGGUUAGAUCCAUCUAAAUGGGUACAUUUGCGUGUGGGCUUAUUAGGAUGGUAUCUACGGAGCCGACUACUAAAGGCUCAGUUUCCACUGCAGGUAGACGAGAAGAUGCGUGUAGAACGGACUUUUCCUUUGUGUAGUGCUUCUAGGCAUCUCUACUCUGCUUUAAUUGGCGAAAGACUGUGUGUUGAACUGGUGCAACUAUAUCAAAUGGGACCCAAGAUUCUUGCCUCAUUUAAUACAGAUGUGAACGAUAUUGUUUUUGAAAGUCCCGAGAUAAUUAGAGGGAAACAAAUUCGAACCGAGCAGCACACCAUGAUUAUGCAUACUACACAUCAUUUUCCGGGAAUUGCCAACCCAUACGUGAAUGCAACGAUUACAGUACGACUCGUCAGAAUCAACGAUUGUUCUCUUGAAAUUUCUCGCGAUGGAGGCUACAACUUGACUCUUGGGCUAAAAGCUUCUGAGAAUCCUCACUACGAAGCUCCACUUCACGAAUCUUCAUUUGCGACCCACUGGUCAGAAAUGGCUUAUCCUCUUCGGCCAUGUCAAAGAAUGGCGAUAUCGCGACCUGAACCUUCCAGGUUAAAUAAGCCUGUAAAGCGGCAAAUCUUUUGCGUUAGGCGUGUUGACAAUGGACUCAUCGGGCGUACACCGUCUGUUCAGCCACCUUUCCACAAUGUGGAUCGUGUGACAGCUACGUCCAAUUAUGUUGCCACACGUAGGGCCCCGUCGCCUAUGCAAAGAAGCAAUUCACAUAUGGAUACGGUUUCGAGUUUACUUCGUCGAAAGCCUAAAAUAAAUCAAGGCAUAAACGAGUAUGAACCAGAAUACGAGAAAAAAUACGGAUGGGGUUUGCAAGAUCAGUCCCAACCGAGUGAUACCACUUCACCGUCAACUUUUGAUCGAUUAUCAUGCGAAGGCCGUCGUCGAAUGGGCUGGGAAGUUGAAGAUACGGAUUUUAGUCAUCAACAGGAUUUCAGCGAAUCACAUCCGUCCCAGAAACGUGAUGCAAAUAAUUACUACAUCAACCAUAAUUCAGAAAUUUGCACCCUUUGUACCCUUUAUUACGAGUACUUUGGUCGCCAUUAUCCAAUGCACAUUACAUAAGCCAGAGAAGCAUAUAAUCCCAUCUUUUACGAAGACAAACACAGAGUACACGAAUUCCGCUUCUUUGAAGUAUUAAAUGUUCUAUUAGUACGUUACCCUUUUACGAUUUUACCAAUACACAAUUGAAAAGUU